CCACCUACUUCAUUCCAACUCAUUAUGGAAUCCCACAACUCUUCACAUUCUCAAAUUCUCCUCCAUCAACCACUGCCACUACCACCGCCGCCGCCGCCCACCAAAAAAUCCCACCAAAAACUACCGCUAAUUCCCCUCAUCUUCCUCAUCUUCUUUGAAGUCUCCGGCGGCCCUUAUGGCGAAGAACCAACCGUCGCUGCAGCCGGACCACUCUGGGCCAUACUCGGCUUCACCGUAUUUCCCUUCAUUUGGAGCAUUCCCGAAGCUCUCAUCACAGCGGAGCUCGCCGCACUCUUCCCCGGCAACGGCGGUUUCGUUAUCUGGGCCGAAAGGGCAUUUGGGUCUUUCUGGGGAUCACUUAUGGGUUCUUGGAAAUUCUUCACUGGUGUACUUAACUUGGGUUCUGCAGUGAUUCUUUGCAUUGACUAUCUGAAACUGUUAAUUCCAAUUUUAUCCUCAGGUUUGCCUCGUUACAUUGCAAUUUUUACGUUGACUUUAAUGUUAUCUUUGGUAAAUUACAUAGGCUUAGCUAUAGUUGGUUACACAGCAGUUAUUUUAGGUAUUAUAUCAUUGUCUCCAUUUUUAGCCAUGACUUUAAUCUCAAUCCCUAAGAUUGAUCCUUCAAGAUGGAUAAAUUUAGGGCAAAAGGGUACCCAAAAAGAUUGGAAUUUGUACUUCAAUACAUUGUUUUGGAACCUUAAUUUUUGGGAUAAUGCAAGUACUUUAGCAGGAGAAGUUGAAAACCCACAAAGAAAUUUUCCAAAAGCACUAUUUUUUGCUGGUUUAUUAGCAAUUUUAGGCUACUUAGUGCCUCUUGUGGUGGCUAUAGGGGUUGUACCAUUGAACCAAGAAGAUUGGAGUGAUGGGUAUUUGGCUAAUGUUGCUGAAAUAAUUGGUGGUAAGUGGUUAAAAAUUUGGGUUGAAAUUGGUGCUUUUUUGUCAGUUGUUGGGUUAUAUGAAGCCCAAUUAAGCAGCUGUGUGUAUCAACUUGUGGGUAUGGCUGAUUUAGGAUUUUUGCCUGAGUUUUUUGGAGUUAGAUCAAGUUGGUUUGAUACACCUUGGGUUGGAAUUUUGUUGUCUACCAUAAUUGCAUUAUUUGGCUCUUGUUUGGAUUUUGCUGACAUUAUUUCUUCAGUGAAUUUCUUGUAUUGUUUGGGUAUGUUAUUGGAAUUUGCAUCUUUUUUAUGGUUGAGGAGAAAAUUGACUAAUAUUAAGAGACCAUUUAGAGUGCCAAUUGGGUUGAAUUGUCUGGUAAUUAUGUGCUUGAUUCCAUGUGGGUUUUUGGUGUAUAUAAUGGCCAUGGCUACUAAAAUUGUGUACAUAGUGAGUGCAGGUUUUACAUUUAUUGGUAUUUUUUGGUAUUUUUUCAUGAAUUUAUGUAGAUCAAAGAAGUGGGUUCGGUUUAGCAAUGCAGAAGAUUUGGGAUAUCAAAGGCUAGAAUAGCAUUUUGUAUAUGUAAUUUACAUUUGAUUCAUAUGUAAAUAUACAAGUAAUUUGUUAUUGAUUAGUUAUUGUUUACUGCUGAA